UCUCGAGACGAGUACGCUUCUGAUGUGAGUCGAGUUCCCGUAAUUGUUAUAAAUGUUGGCUAAGGUUAGAUUUUAGCCCGAUUCAAGAAAUCUACGAUGCCAGCGAUACCUCGCCCUGGGAGUCUCAAAGAUCCGGAGAUUGCCGAAUUAUUCGGCAAAGAAGACCCGGACAAGAUUUUUGAAGACCUCAGAGAAAUCGGCCAUGGGAGCUUUGGCGCCGUCUACUAUGCGAGGGACAGCGUCAACAAAGAGAUCGUUGCCAUCAAGAAGAUGUCAUACAUGGGAAAACAGAGCAUUGAAAAGUGGCAGGAUAUCCUUAAAGAAAUCCGUUUCCUUCGUCAGUUGAACCAUCCGAACACGGUCGAAUACAAAGGUUGCUAUUUGAGGGACAACACGGCUUGGCUGGUCAUGGAAUACUGCCUCGGGUCCGCCUCGGACAUAAUUGAAGUACAUAAAAGUCCUUUGAAAGAAAAUGAAAUAUCUGCUAUAUGCGAAGGCGUCCUGAGGGGGCUUCACUAUUUACACUCUUUAGGCAGAAUUCAUAGAGAUAUUAAGGCUGGAAAUAUAUUGUUGACUGAAAACGGUACUGUCAAACUUGCUGAUUUUGGUUCUGCUAGUAUUAAAUGCCCUGCCAACAGCUUUGUCGGAACACCCUAUUGGAUGGCCCCAGAAGUCAUUCUCGCCAUGGACGAAGGACAGUACGAUGGGAAAGUUGAUGUUUGGUCGUUAGGAAUAACUUGUAUCGAGCUAGCAGAGAGAAAGCCGCCUUAUUUUAAUAUGAAUGCUAUGAGUGCUCUGUAUCACAUAGCUCAAAACGACACGCCUUCUUUGAACUCUUCAGAUUGGAGCGAUGUGUUCAAACAUUUUGUAGAAUCCUGUCUGCAGAAAAGUCCAUCCGAUCGUCCUUCCGCUAACAAGUUGCUAUCGCAUCAGUUGGUCAUUAGAGCCAGAUCGCCUCAUGUUCUGAUAGAUUUAAUCCAGAGAACAAAAGCAGCAGUUCGUGAGCUCGAUAACCAAAAUUACAAAAAGAUGAAAAUAUUGAUGAUAGAUUCUUGUGAAACAGAAAGCACUAUUGGCGAUGCUGAUGAUACUCCUGAUGAGCAAGUGGGAGGGGAUAGCAGCAAGAGUAACAGCAUAACAUCAGAACAUUCGAUUCAUUCAAUUGGUGUCAGUGCAUCAUCACAAAGUAGCUCAACGAAUAGUUUACCUCCGGUCACAGAUAUGAAUCAUGAUAAUUGCUAUACCCAAUCGAUCAGAGUCAGACAGAAAGCGAGUAGUUCUUCUGCACUUUUAGAACACGGUGCUAACAACUUUGCCACUAUAAAAACAACAACUAUAGUAACUAAACAGCAGAAAGAGCAUAUGCAAGAAGAAAUGCAUGAACAGAUGUCCGGUUAUAAGAGAAUGCGAAGGGAACAUCAGGCGGCUUUAAUCAAAUUGGAAGAAAAAUGCAAGGUUGAAAUGGAAAGUCACAAACAAGUCUUAGACAAAGAAUAUGAAGCUUUACUACAAAAGUUCAGCAAGGAGUUGGAAGAACUCCAGAUCAGGCAUCAGCAAGAAUUGGAUAGGAAACUAAAACAGAAUUCUUCUGCUGACAAGAAAUUGCAGAAGGAAAUCAGCAGUCGCCAAGAGCAGGAUCGCAAAGCGUUUGAUUGCCAAAAGAAAAAAGAAUACAAGGCUAAUAAGGAAAGAUGGAAACAUGAAUUGAGUUUAGACGAAUCGACUCCAAAACGCCAGAGGGACGCUGCUUUGCAGAGCCAGAAAGAUAAUCUAAAGCAAUUGGAAGCACAAGAAGAGCAGAGAUUGGUACAAGGACAAAAGGAAUAUUUGGAAAUAGAAAUGAGAAAAUUCAGACGAAGAAAAAUGUUGAGUUAUCAGACUUUGGAACAGGAACUUUUAAGGGAGGAAUUAAAUAAACGCCAGACUCAAUUAGAACAAGCACAUUCAAUGCUGCUUCGACAUCAUGAGAAAACUAAAGACCUCGAAUACAGACAACAGAAAGCAGUUCAUGUGUUACGAGAAGAACAAGUUCAGCGGCAACACCAGACCGAACUUCAAAACCAAAAUGCUUAUUUGAAUAGGUGUAAACGUGAUUUGAAAAAGAAACACGCCCUCGAGAUAAAACAGCAGCCAAAGAGUUUAAAACAAAAAGAAAUGCAAAUAAGAAAACAGUUUAGGGAUACAUGUAAAAUCCAAACUCGCCAAUACAAAGCGCUAAAGGCUGAGCUUUCAAUCACUAGGCCUAAAGAAGAGCAUAAACUUUUAAUUAAAAAGUUGAAAGAUGAACAGAGGAGAAAAUUGGCCCUAUUAGCUGACCAAUAUGAGCAAAGCAUAGCGGAAAUGUUGCAAAAACAGUCAAUUAGAUUAGAUGAAUCGCAGGAAUUGGAAGGACAUCAUUUACAGGAGAAAUUACAUUAUGAGCUUGAAAUAUUGAUGGCUUACCAGAGCAAAAACAAAAUGCAGACAGAAGCACAGAGAGACAGAGAGAGAAAGGAGUUGGAAGACAGGGUCACUGUGAGAAGAGACCUUUUGGAACAAAAGAUGAAGUUAGAGACUGAACAAUUUGCUCACGAAAGGUCUGAAAGGAUUAGGCUAUUGCGAGAAAAGCAACACCGAGAGUUAGAACAAUUUGAUGACGAAUCAGCAAGAAUGGGUCUUUCGACAUUGGCUAUUUCUGAUUCCAAUUCAGAAUGCUAUCCAGAUGACGAUAGCCUCUCUGGAAGCAUGCAAAGCCUAACAAGGCAAUAGUCACUGUGUACAUAACUUGCAACUGAACAAACCAAAUUAAUUAUUAUUUAGUACAACAUCCCUUUAUUGACCCAAGUGAUAUCGACAUAAAAAUAGCAUUAUUUCAGUAAAUCAAAUAAUAUAUAUAAAUAAAAAUAUAAAUAAAAUAUUCAUUGG